AUGUUUUCACAAAUCCAAUCUGAAGACUAUAAAGUCAAAGAAAUAAGAGAACUACUCACCAACGUCAUUUUAAACUUUGAAGAAACAGAUGAAGAAGAUAAAGUAAUACACAAACUAGCAAACAAAUGUCGAAACAUCAAAUGGCUCAGGGAUUCAAAUACAAUCAUUCCCAAAUCUGACUCACCAUCAUCUACAAAUUCAUCAGAUUCAGAUUUGACAGAAUUUAAAAUAUCAAAACAUGCUUCAAUUAAAGCUGGUCUUAGAAGUGAUUAUCAUAAACAUACAACCGUUCAUAAUUUUAUGGAACGUAGAAAUAGUGAAAAAAAAGCAAGAGAAUCAAUGAUUAUGGAAAAUAAUGCAAAUGUGUUCCUAUCCAAUGAAAUGAAAGAACCAGAACUAAAUUCAACUGAAGAUGAAGUUCAAGAAUUCAAGGAUUCAAAUAUAUUAGAUCUACCUACUGAAUAUCUAAAUUCAAAACCACUUCCAAAGAUACCUAUUCCCAAAAAAAAACAAAAUCAAAUUUAUGCAUCGAAUAAUUCAUCAUCAACUUCAAUUGGAUCAAACAAUUCAUUGAAACAAAAAGCAUUAAAGAAAACUGCACCGCCGCCACCUGAUGGGAAUAAUAAAUCUAGAAUUGUUCCUCCUCCACCACCACCUAGACGAAGAAAAUAA